CUUAUCAAUGGAAAUACAGACAGUGUUGUUAUGCAGACAGCAGCUCAAGAAUUCCCCAUUUCCUGCUGUUGCUUAAGUGAAGAUCUUAAAUUUGCAGCUUUUGGACAGGAGAGUGGAACAAUAAAGGUGCUACAGUUGUUGGAUGGAAAAGUUCUGAACUCCCGGGAGGCCUACAGGACAUCUGUGCAGCAUUGUCGAUUUACCUCUGAUUGUCAGACUCUCAUUUCAAGUGCUCAUGAUUCAGUUAUACAGGUAUGGAAUUGGCAGUUGAGCGAAUGUGUGUUUCUAAGAGGGCACAAGGAAGCAAUCAAGGAUUUUAGACUUCUGGAAAAUUCAAAACUUCUUUCUUGGUCAUUUGAUGGAACUGUUAAGGUUUGGAAUAUUACUACUGGAAACACAGAAAAAGAUUUUGCUUGCCACGGAGGUGCUGUUCUUUCCUGUGCUGUUUCCCCUGAUGGUAGUAAAUUUUCAUCUACUUCUGCUGACAAAACUGCAAAGAUAUGGAGCUUUGGAAGUUCAUCUGUUCUUCAUGAGCUGAAAGGUCAUGAAGCCUGUGUGCGGUGCUGUACUUUCUCUCCUAAUAACAAGUUAUUGGCCACUGGAGAUGACAAAGGAGAAAUAAGGAUUUGGGAUGUUUUAACAGGUGCAUUACUUCACUCCUGCUCCCCAGUUACUGUAGAUGAAGGAGAACCAACACAUGGUGGCUGGGUAACAGACCUGUCAUUUUCUCCUGACAGUAAAAUGCUUGUGUCAUCUGGAGGUUUUCUUAAGUGGUGGAAUGUAACUACUGGAGAAUCCUUACAAACCUUCUACACGAACGGAACAAACCUCAAGUCGAUACAUGUGUCUCCUAAUUUCAAAGUGUAUGUGACCGUUGAUAAUCUUG